AUGGGAAGAGGAAAGUUCAAGAGCAAACCCACCGGUCGCCGUCAGUUUUCCACCCAGGAAGACCUCCUUGCUGGAACCACUAGCCGUCCUCGAACUUUUAGACAGAAAGAAGCUGAGCAUGAAGAGGUACCUGAGGAAGUAUCCGGGGAUGAAUCUGGAGAACAAUCUGAUGAAGAAACUAGAAAGAAAAAAGGUACUCAAGGGAUUAUUGAGAUUGAAAAUCCUAACUUGGUAAAGCCAAAGAACAUGAAAGCUAGAGAUGUUGAUGUUGAAAAGACAACCGAACUUUCAAGGCGUGAAAGAGAGGAGAUAGAGAAGCAGAAAGCUCAUGAACGCUAUAUGAGGCUGCAAGAGCAAGGAAAAACAGAUCAAUCAAAGAAAGAUUUAGAACGAUUAGCUCAUAUACGUCAACAAAGAGCAGAAGCUGCUAAAAAGAGGAAUGAAGAGAAAGCUGCCAAAGAGCAGAAGAAGGCUGAAGUACGCAAGUGA